GGUACCGUCUGACCGUAUAAAAAUAUUAUGUCUGAAGGCGCGCGCGCAACGUUCCGACCGGUUGGGCAGUGCCGAAACUGAUGUAUACCAAAAAUCGCUACAGUAUGAAUUAUAAUAACAUCGCCGUCAUUACAAUGUAUUACUGUUGAUGACGAUUUUUAAAAAACAACCACAACCGAUGAAAACGUCACCGAUCAUCCGGAAAAUGGGACCCGGGGCUUCCUUGUCGUUGGUCGCAAUGUUUCAUCUGGUCCGUUCGAAAGAGCUGUACGAAAUGGAAACGGAAUACAACAAAAAUAUGCCUCCAGGUAAAAACGUUGAUGUAUCCAUAUCGUUACACGUGAACCGGAUAUCCGGAGUGGACGAAAGCAAAGAGGAAAUAGCUCUGGAUGUUUUCCUGUACGUCUACUGGGAGGACACGCGGAUGCGCAUAGUGGACAAUUCCAGUCAAGUGGAACUCACUUGGGACAAAGAGCCGAAAUUCUGGAUACCCGACCUUUAUAUUCGCCAGUUGCGGGAAAUGAAAGUGUUAACGCUGUUCCAGGACAUAGCUUCUAUCCGAUUGUACAGCAACAGCACACUGAGAAUCAGCAUUGGGGCAACGGUAAUCAUCAAGUGUGACAUGGAUUUUGUCCUAUACCCGUUGGACGUGCAAACGUGCCUCGUUGACUUUGGCAGCUACAAAUACACGUUAACCGACGUGAAAUUCCGAUGGAGAGACGAUCCUCUAAGCUUUCCCAGCGACUUUGGCGACGGAUUCCGAUUGCCUCGUUACGUCGUGUCGUUUGUCACUGACAACCGCUUCAAUGUGAUUUAUUACGGAGACGGAAACCAUUCUACGGCCAGGUUGGUGAUCACUCUGAGUCGAGAACUCCGCAGCCAUUUGCUGGAGAGUUACUUGCCCAGCACUUUGUUCGUCAUCAUGUCCUGGGGAAGUUUCGUGGUCAUGCCCGAAGUAGUGCCCGGCCGCAUGGUGUUGCUGGUCACCACCCUCCUGUCGCUGGUCACCAUGUUCGAUACUAUAAGAAACAACUCUCCUAGUGCUCUAGAGCUCAAAUGCAUCGAAGUGUGGUUGAUCUCGUGCACCCUGUUCGUGUUCCUGGCCCUUGUCGAGUACUUUAUCGUGCUGUUUGGCAUGCGGUACGACAAACAUUGGAGACACAAACAUGUCGACUUAGAACCAACGAAGAUGACGACUGUACCAGCUGGGGCCGGCCAGGGCAACGACAGCAGAACCAGCGCCUUGUUCAGCAACAAUAAAGUGCACCAAGCGUCGGACAUCGCGCUGGACAACAAUACAACUUCGACAACUGCGUCAAAAGCUCAACAAACGUCGGUUACCGUCAUCGGGCGGGGCAAACUGCGAUUCCAAUUGCUUACCAGACACGUCAUCUUAUAUUGUGGUUCGCAAAGAGGUAUGCUGGACCAAGUGUCAUUGGCUCUGUUUCCGUUGUGCUUCGUGGCGUUCUCCAUCGUCUACUGGAUAUCGUACAUCAACGAAUCAAAGCGGAAAUCGCAAUCGGUAAAUUUACUUUGUAACAUAAGCAGGAUAAAACUUGAAAAUUGAAAGUGAUCCUGGUAAGUAUUUUAUCGACAGGACUAUCAUUACACAAUGAAACCACAAAAGAAGAUUUGAAA